AUGGAGGCUCGUGUCAUGCUGCUGAAAAAGCUGAAGCUUAAGUUGCGGACUGAAAACCUUUAUGUGCGAUGCGGGCUGGCUGAGUUCCUGGGGACGCUUAUUUUAAUUCUGUUUGGCUGUGGGUCUGUGGCUCAGAUGGAGUUGAGUGGUUUCGCCAAAGCCCAGUUCCUGAGUGUGAACAUGGCGUUCGGCUUCGCUGUCACUGCUGGAGCCUAUGUGUGUGCCGGAGUAUCGGGUGCCCAUCUGAACCCUGCCGUGUCUCUCUCAAUGUACUGUCUGAGGAAGCUGAGUGGGAGACUUAUGUUGGUCUACUGGUUGGCUCAGUUCCUAGGAGCGUUCUUUGGAGCCGCAUUGGUCUUUGCCUUGUACUACGAUGCCCUGUAUGUGUACAGCGGUGGGAAUUUCACAGUGACUGGAUCUCAGGCCACAGCUGGUAUAUUUGCUUCAUACCCUUCAGAACAUCUGAGUGCGAUCAAUGGAUUUACAGACCAGGUGAUUGCUACAGCGGCCCUGAUGAUCGCUAUUCUGGCCAUACUGGAUGAAGAAAACAAUGCGCCUCCUCGUAGUAUUCAGCCCUUCAUAAUUGGAAUAUCUGUGUUACUGGUCGGCUUGUCAAUGGGCUUCAACUGUGGUUACCCCAUAAAUCCUGCCCGGGACCUAUCUCCUCGCAUCUUCACGGCUAUGGCUGGCUGGGGUCUUGAUGUGUUCAGGGCUGGAGAUAACUGGUGGUGGGUGCCGGUGAUCGGACCUCUAGUAGGAGCACUGGUUGGGGUGCUGAUCUAUGAACUUUUUAUUGAAAUCCAUCACCCGGUGAGCAAACAGAAAGAUGCCCAAGAGGAGGAAGAGCAGACCCAUCCACCUCAGUAUGAGCUGGUUCAAUCGACUGCAUAG